AAACCAGUCUUCUCUGUCACACGUUUUAUCUGGAUUGUAGCCUUGCCGCUAGUUCUGAUCACACAAACAAAACACUGAAACACGAGUGUUUUUUUAACCAUUGAAUCCAAUAGCCCACCUGGCAAGCUAACGUAUAAUUUAAGUUACUUUACAGAGAUUCCUGAGGUGAAAAAAACUAAAUACCCUUCCCCUUUAACAUCAAAGAAAGGCUUUUGGAACACGUUUCCGGUUGUCACGAUCAAAAUAAAACUGUUUGGCUACGGGGGGCUAUUGACGUUGCGGAUGUAGCGACUUUUACUUUGAAUCCAUAAACGUGUAAUUUCCGGGUUGCGCAUUCACUUGAUUUCUUGACAUACUCGACCAGACUUACCAUGGUGCGUUGCUUAUUAGCUAGCGGUAGUCUAGGAAUUCAAACCAUCCAGAUAAGGACGCCCCUCUCAGGCGUCUGAGAUAGCACAACAGCCGGUAGUUAGCACUUGAAGAGACCAACUCGACAUUGAAUGAAGAGCGUGGGAGUGUUUUUCUGGACGAAUAUGUCUUCGUGUAAAUAGAAGCGACGCCGAGACCGAGGAUGGCGGCAGAUGUGGACAAAAAGACCCGCCAGGAGGAGCGCAACGAUGGGCAGAGCAGGCAGCAGGAUCGGGGCUCUGAAUCCUGUAGAUCCACACGGAUGUGCACCCUGCUCCUGGUCCUUGCUGUUCCACUUCUGGCUUGGGGGGUCAAGUAUUAUCAAGAUGCACAGCUCCUGAAGCGUAAUGAAGAAUGCGUUCAAACUCUGGGUCCAGAAGGGCUUUUUCUCUUUUCCUCCUUGGACACCAACCAUGAUCUCUAUCUCAGCCCAGAUGAGUUUAAACCAAUUGUGGAGAAACUCACAGGGGUUACUCCCCCAGGGGACUUUGAUGAGAAUGUGAUUGAAGACCCCAAUGGAGAGACUUUAACGCUAGAGGCCAAAAUGGAGCCUCUACUUAUGGACUCGAUGACAAAAAGCAAGGAUGGCUUCCUUGGGGUCUCUCACAGCUGCCUGAGUGGUCUGCGCUCAUGGAAGAGUCCAACCGUGCCUUCCUCGUCCUUCUUCGCUAGCCAGUUCAGGGUCUUCCUCCCCCCUAAGAGCAAGAUGGAGGUUGGAGACACAUGGUGGGUGAUCCCCAGUGAGCUCAACAUCUUCACGGGGUACCUGCCCAACAAUCGCUACCACCCUCCCACACCGAAAGGCAAAGAGGUUUUCAUCCACUCGCUGCUGAGUAUGUUUCACCCCCGCCCCUUUAUCAAGUCACGCUUUGCACCUCAGGGCACUGUUGCGUGCAUUCGUGCCAGCAAUGACUUUUAUUACGACAUCGUAUUCAGGAUUCAUGCAGAGUUUCAGCUCAAUGACGUCCCAAACUUUCCCUUUUGGUUCACGCCGGGCCAAUUCACCGGUAACGUUGUGAUCUCUAAAGACGCCUCUCACGUGCGACACUUCCACCUCUACGUCCCUAGUGACAGGUCUCUGAAUGUGGAUAUGGAGUGGCUGUACGGUGCCAGCGAGAGCAGCAACAUGGAGGUGGACAUUGGGUACCUACCGCAGCUGGAGCUGCAGUCCACUGGCCCGUCGACUCCCUCCAUCAUCACGGACGAGGAGGGCAACAUCAUCGACAGCCGAGGCGGCAACACUGAACCCAUCCAGUUCGUCUUUGAGGACAUUAUCUGGACCACAGAGAUCAAUCGUCCAGAAGCCGCACGUCGCCUGGAGGUCACCCUUUACCCCUUCAAGAAGGUAUCCUACUUGCCUUUUUCUGAGGCCUUCCAGCGAGCCGAGGCAGAGAACAAGUUGGUGCACUCAAUUCUGCUUUGGGGAGCAUUAGAUGACCAGUCCUGCUGAGGUUCCGGGCGAACUCUCCGGGAGACAGUCCUGGAAAGUUCGCCCGUACUGGCUCUGCUCAACCGGAGCUUUGUGAGCAGCUGGUCUCUGGUCAAAGAGCUGGAGAACAUGCAGGCUGAUGAGCGUCGCUCUGCACUGAGUGAAAAAGCUCGCUUGCACCUUGAGAAGUACACGUUCCCUGUGGAGAUGAUGGUUGCACUGCCAAAUGGAACUAUUGUCCAUCACAUCAAUGCUAACUUCUUCCUGGACCAGACGGCCAUGAAGCCCGAUGAAGAGGGGGAGGGAACCACUUUCAGCUUCUCUGGAGGGUUUGAAGAUCCCUCGACGUCCACUUACAUUAGCUUCCUGAAGGAGGGGCUGGAGAGGGCCAAGCAGUACCUGGCACAGUAGAGUGUCAUUCCUGUGGCUAUUGAACUGAGAUAAGGGAAGAGAAGGCCUCCAAGACUUAAGUGGAGAGGCAUGGAGAGCUGCUAUUCAUUUGGGUUAUUACUAUUAUACAAGCACACAUAAAUGAGGAGCUAUGACCUUUUCUGUGUAUCUCACGCACCAUUCCGCCAUCUUUCCUACUGCGUCACCCAGUGGCGGGCCAGCCUCCUCCGGGGCGCGUCUCAGCCGUUUGUGACGGUUCUGUCUGAAAGCUCUCCCUGGGGCCGGGCAGCGCCUGAUGAUGAUGAUGAUGAUGAUGAUGUUGCUGAUGAAGCGUCCUGGAGGAAACGCCCGCUUACGUUCAAUCUCUGGGGGACAGAAGCAGCAGGAAAUGUGUUUUUAAUCGGUUUGCGGCGCACAAGCAAGAGCGUUAAAUGUUGGAAGGUCGGUCGACCGUGAGAGUUCAGUGUAAUGCGCAUAAGCAAAUGUUAAAUAGAGCUCUCGCGGGCCACCGUAGUUUGUUGACUUGGAGGACAAUGCACUACACCAAAGAAUGCUUGUUAUAAUGCAUAAGAGCUGAUUUUGACUCCCAAGUGCAACAAGCUGCCUGCUUCAGCUAAAGGUAACACACUAGCUGUUGUCUUUGUUUUCUCUGUACGACGUGACAACUGCAAUCUAUGACAGUUCUAAACUACGUCAUUUGUCAUGAAACACUGUGAUUCUGGUUUUUUUUUGUGUACAGGACAAAAUAAAGGGUUUUUUUGACACAUUUAACGUGCGAU